AUGGUUACCAAAUAUUCUUCAGUGCUAUCAUUAGCGAUUCUGUGUGUAUUUAUGCCAUUAUAUGAAGCGGCUAAUGAGACAGAUAAUGUUUUUAUCGAUUCGAACAAUGAUACGCAUUCUGAACGUACAGGCAGGAAUCUUCACAAGGAGUGUAAUGGAAAUAUCAGUGUGAAAUGCCUUAAAAUGCAUGCAAUAUCAUUUAUAGAAGACAUAAACUCGUAUAGCGAACUCAGGCUUUUCCCUGGGUUGAGUAUUGUGAGAGACAAUCAAACUAAUAAUACGAGUCCGGAAGAAAUGGCUGCUGAAUUAGCUCGACAGUAUCCAGGGAAACCUGAUGAGAAACUGAACAGAUAUCUUCUGUAUAGCCUCCAGAACUAUUUAGAUGGACAUUCCUUGAGAUAUAGAUUACUGGAUCCUGAAACUUCAAAAGAUGCUUUGAACAUGGCAAAAGGAGAUAAAGCGUUUGUUGGUAGAGGAAAAGGAGGGGGUUUGGGGGGAGGAAAAGGUGGUGGUAACGGUGCUCUUAUAGCUGCCUUACUUAUGAUGAAAGGUACAUUAGCAGCCGCGGCCUUAGGAGCUCUUGCACUUUUAGCAGGUAAAGCAAUGAUGACGGCUUUAAUGUCGUUGCUUCUAUCAGCACUCGUCGGUCUGAAGGGAGGUGGUGGUCAUAAAUCGACUACAUACGAAAUAAUCACCAAACCAGAAAUAUCCCACCAUCAUUCAAACAGCCAUGAGGAACACCAUGAACAUGAUCAUGGUCACCACGGAGGUUAUAGGCGAGCAUACGACACUGAUUUUAACCAUUAUAAUAGCUACAUGCCGUACGACGCUACCAGAUAG